UCUCAGUCUGGCCUCUCUGACUUUAUCUCCAAAACCUCUAAAGGUCUGAUUCGCAUAUUUGAUUUGGCAAGAUUUUACGUCGGAUGCCCUUCCUGACUCAACCCUCUGUAUUUAUCCGGGAUUGGGACCGGUACAAUGGGACCCUGGCUUGGGCCCCCUCGUGGCUACAUUAGAGUUAUUUUUGAAAAACAAUCUUCAUUACAACGCAUAUUUGCAAAAAUAGUGUUUUGUUUAGUUGUGUUGUGUUGCAUUAGUUUUCACAACAGUCUUCUUUAUGAUCUCAAGUGAAAUUUAAUCAAAUCAAACUAUAUUUGUGUAGCACUUUUCCAAAUCGUGUCUAAAGAGCAUUACAUAAAAAACACAAUUAAAUCUGAAAAACAUCAAAGACUAAAAAGCAGGUCUAGAGCCUUCUUUAAUAAAAAAAACAUGAACAGACUCAACGUGAGCUUUUGACUCAAGAGUCAGUAUUCUGUAUAUUUAGUCUACAUUUGGAAAAUUAUGUUUGGUGAAAUUGGUCUUGUGUUUCGGAAACUUUGUUUUAGCAAUUGGAAAAAAAAAAGUCUAAAUAAGUGUUUUUGAGACACUAAAGUCUCUCUGUCCUCAUGACUCCUUCACUGGGACUUUAGAUUGUUAGAUAUUAGUUUUUAAUAUUUAGAAUUUCUUUAUUUCUAGGAGUUUCUGUUGUCUGUGGUGCUGAGGUGCAGCGGUCGACCUCUGAUCUGUAGAUGGAAGGUUCGGUUCCUGCCUCUGUAUGUGUUCCUCCUUGAGGAAGACACUGAAGGCCACAUCAGUCCUGGAGGUUACAGGGCGCCGUCGGUGUCUCGCUUUGGGCCUGAGAAGACUGAGUGAUGAUCGGCUGCAGGAACCAACAGAACCUGAAUUGCCGCGUCUCUGGUGAACGUCGGCUUGUCUUCAUUUGAGCGCUUCUGUGUCCGGCUCCUGUCAUUGGCUGGAUGCAGAUGAAAUGCAAACUUGGUGCAGACGGUGGGUGGCGAGUUUGUGGUUUAAAUAGCGUGGAGGAGGACGGCCGGCCGGCAUCACCUUCACCCUCCUGUCAUUCACCUGACGGGACACUUUCCACCUGCUGGAGUUCAGCUUCGUCUUAAUCUGAACAGUUUGGACUCACAUCGUGCUCAGAGGUUACGUCGAGCCCCUCUACUGAUCCAGAGGCUGAGGACCCUGACUUAAGCUCCGCCCCCUCCAUCCCUCAGACCAAUCCAACUGCCAGUGCUUCCAACAUGGCGGAUCUUUCUGCCGACGACAGCAAGUACCUCUUCCUGGGGAACGACUUCCAGAGCAGCGGGGUGGCCCAGGCCGACUGGUCCGCCAAGAAGAUGGUGUGGGUGCCGUCAGAGAGGGAGGGGUUUGAGGCCGCCAGCAUCAGGGAGGAGAAGGGCGAGCAGGUGCUGGUGGAGCUCUCCAACGGUCAGAAGGUGACGGUGAGCAAAGAUGACAUUCAGAAGAUGAACCCGCCCAAGUUCAGUAAAGUGGAAGACAUGGCGGCUCUCACCUUCCUGAAUGAAGCCUCGGUCCUCCAGAACCUGCGAGAGCGAUACUUCUCCAGCCUGAUCUACACGUACUCGGGUUUGUUCUGCGUGGUGGUGAACCCCUACAAGAUGCUGCCCAUCUACUCGGAGAAGAUCAUCGAAAUGUACAAGGGCAAGAAGAGGCACGAGGUGCCGCCGCACAUCUACUCCAUCACCGACAACGCCUACCGGAACAUGCUGCAGGAUCGAGAGGAUCAGUCCAUUCUGUGCACAGGUGAGUCUGGUGCCGGAAAGACGGAAAACACCAAGAAGGUCAUCCAGUACCUGGCGGUCAUCGCCUCCUCACACAAAGCAAAGAAGGACAUCAACCCUCAGCAGACCGGAUCUCUGGCUUAUGGGGAGCUGGAAAAGCAGCUCCUGCAGGCGAAUCCCAUCCUGGAGGCUUUUGGGAAUGCAAAGACCAUCAAGAACGACAACUCCUCGCGCUUCGGGAAGUUCAUCAAACUCAACUUUGACGUGACCGGAUGUCUGGUUGGGGCGUUCAUUGACACCUAUCUGCUGGAGAAGUCUCGCUGCAUCCGGCAGGCCAACACCGAGAGAGCCUUCCACAUCUUCUACUACAUGGUGUCCGGAGCCACCGGCAAGAUGAGGGAGGAGCUGCUGCUGGAGGACUUCAGCAGCUACUCCUUCCUGAUUGCGGGUCACGUGGAAAUCCCGGGUCUGAAGGACGACGAGCUCUUCGAGGAGACCUUGGAGGCCAUGGAGAUCAUGGGCUUCACCCAGGAGGAGCGACUAGGAAUGCUGAAGGUGGUCUCCACGGUGCUGCAGCUGGGAAACAUCACGUUUGAGAAGGAGAGGAACAGCGAGCAGGCCACCAUGCCCGACAACACCGCGGCCCAGAAAGUGUGCCACCUGCAGGGCAUCAACGUGACCGACUUCACCCGCGCCAUCCUCACCCCCAAGAUAAAGGUGGGGAGGGAAGUGGUCCAGAAGGCGCAGACGAAGCAGCAGGCGGAUUUCGCCGUGGAAGCUCUGGCUAAAGCCAUGUACGAGCGUCUGUUCCGCUGGAUCCUGGCCAGAGUCAACAAGACGCUGGACAAGAGCAAGAGGCAGUCCUCGUCCUUCCUGGGAAUCCUGGACAUCGCCGGCUUCGAGAUUUUCGAGGACAACUCCUUUGAGCAGCUGUGCAUCAACUACACCAACGAGCGCCUGCAGCAGCUCUUCAACCACACCAUGUUCAUCAUGGAGCAGGAGGAGUACAAGAGGGAGGGCAUCGAGUGGAACUUCAUCGACUUUGGGCUGGACCUGCAGCCCUGCAUCGAGCUCAUUGAGAGGCCGAACAACCCCCCCGGCAUCCUGGCUCUGCUGGACGAGGAGUGCUGGUUCCCCAAAGCGACGGACGUGACGUUCGUGGAGAAGCUGAUGAACACGCACAGCGCUCACGGGAAGUUCUCCAAACCCAAGCAGCACAAAGACAAGCUGAUGUUCACGGUGCUGCACUACGCCGGGAAGGUGGACUAUAACGCAGCCGAAUGGCUGACCAAGAACAUGGACCCUCUCAACGACAACGUGACGGCUCUGCUCAACAACUCGUCCAGCAGCUUCAUCCAGGACCUCUGGAAAGACGUGGAUCGAGUCGUGGGUCUGGACACCAUCAACAAAAUGUCCCAGAGCUCCGUUCCCACGUCCACCAAAUCCAAGAAGGGCAUGUUCCGGACGGUGGGUCAGCUCUACAAAGAGUCUCUGGGGAAACUGAUGACGACGCUGCACAACACCCAGCCCAACUUCGUCCGCUGCAUCAUUCCCAACCACGAGAAGAGGGCCGGGAAGAUGGACGCUCACCUGGUUCUGGAGCAGCUGAGAUGUAACGGGGUUCUGGAGGGAAUUCGGAUCUGCAGGCAGGGAUUCCCCAACCGGAUCGUGUUCCAGGAGUUCAGGCAGAGGUAUGAGAUCCUGGCCGCCGGCUCCAUCCCCAAAGGCUUCAUGGACGGGAAGCAGGCGUGCUGCCUGAUGGUGAAGCACCUGGAUCUGGACCCCAACCUGUACCGAAUCGGGCAGAGCAAGAUGUUCUUCCGGACGGGCGUUCUGGCUCAGCUGGAGGAGGAGCGCGACCUGAAGCUGACCGUGGUCAUCAUUGCCUUUCAGGCGCGGGCGCAGGGCUUCCUGGGUAGAAAGGCGUUCAGCCGACGGCAGCAGCAGCUGACCGCCAUGAAGGUCAUCCAGAGGAACUGCGCCUGCUACCUCAGACUGCGGAACUGGCAGUGGUGGAGGCUGUUCACCAAGGUGAAGCCGCUGCUGCAGGUGACCCGGCAGGAGGAGGAGAUGGGUCAGAAGGAGGAGGAGCUAAAGGUGGUCAGAGAAGCAGCGGCCAAAGCCGAAGCCGACCUGAAGGACAUCACCCAGAAACACUCGCAGCUGGUGGAGGAGCAGGCGGUGCUGGAGGCGAAGCUGCAGGCGGAGGCGGAGCUAUACGCAGAGACCGAAGACAUGAGGGUCCGUCUGGAGGCCAAGAAGCAGGAGCUGGAGGAGGUGCUGCAUGAGAUGGAAGCCCGGCUGGAGGAGGAGGAGGAGCGCAGCAUCUCCCUGCAGCAGGAGAAGAAGGAUAUGGAGCAGGAGUUACAGCUGAUGGAGGCCCACAUCGUCCAGGAGGAGGACGCCCGGCAGAAGCUGCAGCUGGAGAAAGCUGCUGUGGAGGCGAAGGUGAAGAAGAUGGAGGAGGAGCUGCUGCUCACGGAGGACCAGAACAACAAACUCCAGAAGGAGCGAAAGCUUCUGGAGGAGAGGCUGGCCGACAUGAGCUCCAACCUGGCUGAGGAGGAGGAGAAGUCCAAGAAUCUGACCAAGCUGAAGAGCAAACACGAGUCCAUGAUCUCCGAGCUGGAGGUGCGCCUGAAGAAGGAGGAGAAGAGCCGUCAGGACGUGGAGAAGGCGAAGAGGAAGGUGGAGGCGGAGCUGGUCGACCUGCAGGAGCAGCAGACUGACCUUCAGGCGCAGCUCGCCGAGCUCCGUGCUCAGCUGGCGGCCAAGGAGGAGGAGCUUCAGGCCACACAGGCUCGUCUGGAGGAGGAGGGCCGGCAGCGCGGGGCGGCGCUCAAGCGGGUCCGGGAGCUGGAGGCGCUGCUGGCGGAGCUGCAGGAGGACCUGGAGGCGGAGAAGGUGGCGAGGGGGAAGGCUGAGGCCGCUCGCAGAGACCUCGGGGAGGAGCUGAACAGCCUGCGCUCGGAGCUGGAGGACAGUCUGGACACCACGGCGGCCCAGCAGGAGCUCCGGGUGAAGCGUGAGCAGGAGAUGGCCACGUUGAAGAGAGCCAUGGAGGACGAGGGGCGGAGCCACGAGGCUCAGAUCCAGGACCUCCGGCAGAAGCAUGGCCAGGCUGUGGAGGAGCUCCGGGAGCAUCUGGAGCAGGCCAAGAAGGUCAGAGCCGGUCUGGAGAAAGCCAAGCAAGCUCUGGAGAAGGAGGCGGCGGAUCUGAGCGCUGACCUCCGGGCGCUCAGCAGCGCCAAGCAGGACGUGGAGCAGAAGAAGAAGAAGGUGGAGGCGCAGCUCGGCGACCUGCAGCUGCGCUUCAGCGAGAGCGAGCGCCAUAGGAACGAGUUGUCCGAGCGGGUCUCCAAGAUGACGGUGGAGCUGGACAGUGUGACGGCUCUGCUGAACGAGGCGGAGGGGCGGAGCAUCAAGCUGAGCAAAGACGUGUCCAGCGUGAGCUCUCAGCUCCAGGACGCUCAGGAGCUGCUGUCCGAGGAGACGCGUCAGAAGCUGAAUCUGUCCGGACGCCUCCGGCAGCUGGAGGAGGAGAGGAGCCAGAUGACGGAGCAGCUGGAGGAGGAGGCGGAGGCCAAACGGGCCGUAGAGCGGCAGGCGUCCAGCCUCGGGAUGCAGCUGUCUGACCUGAAGAAGAAGCUGGAGGAGCUGUCGGCGGCCGUGGAGCUCCUGGAGGAGGGAAAGAAGCGUCUCCAGCGUGAGCUGGAGGCGGCCAGCGGCGACUACGAGGAGAAGGUCGCGGCCUAUGACAAGCUGGAGAAGAGCCGCGGCCGGCUGCAGCAGGAGCUGGAGGACGUCCUGAUGGAUCUGGACGCCCAGCGGCAGCUCGUCUCCAACCUGGAGAAGAAGCAGAAGAAGUUUGAUCAGAUGCUGGCGGAGGAGCGAGCUGUUUCGGCCAAGUUUGCAGAGGAGCGGGAUCGAGCGGAGGCGGAGCUGAGGGAGAAGGAGACGAAGGUGCUGGCGCUGAUGAAGACGCUGGAGGAGAAACAGGAGGCUCUGCAGGAGGCGGAGAGGAGCGUGAAGGCCCUCCGGGUGGAGAUGGAGGAUCUGAUCAGCUCCAAAGACGACGUGGGAAAGAGCGUCCAUGACCUGGAGCGGGCGAAGCGCGGCCUGGAGGCCUUCGUGGAGGAGAUGAAGACGCAGAUGGAGGAGCUGGAGGACGAGCUGCAGGUGGCCGAAGAUGCCAAGCUGCGCCUGGAGGUCAACAGUCAGGCUGUGAGGGCGCAGCACGAGCGCGAACUGCAGGCCCGCGAGGAGCAGAGCGAGGAGAAGAGGAGGCAGCUGCUCAAACAGGUGCGGGAGCUGGAGGCGGAGCUGGAGGAGGAGAGGAAGCAGCGCAGUCAGGCGUCUGCAGGACGGAAGAAGCUGGAGGGGGAGCUGAAGAACGUGGAGGAGCAGCUGGAGGCCGCCAGCAGGGGGCGUGAGGAGGCCCUCAAGCAGCUCCGCAAAAACCAGGCGCAGGCGAAGGAGCUCCACAGGGAGCUGGAGGACAGCCGCUCAGCUCACAAGGAGAUCCUGGCCUCCGCCAGGGAGGCGGAGCGCAGGUGCAAGACUCUGGAGGCAGAAAUCCAGCAGAUGCAGGAAAUGUUGGCUGCAGCUGAGAGAGCGAGAAAGCAGGCGGAGAUGGACAGAGACGAGCUGAACGAGGAGGCGGCCGGGAGCUCCUCAGGGAGGUCUCUGCUGUCGGAUGAGAAACGCCGCCUGGAGGCCCGGAUCAGCCAGCUGGAGGAGGAGCUGGAGGAGGAGCAGGCCAACGUGGAGAGCCUGAACGAGCGUCUGAGGAGGAGCCAGCAGCUGGUGGACCAGCUGGGGGCGGAGCUUGCAGCAGAGCGAGCGUCCUCUCAGAGCAGGGAGGCGUCGCGGCUGCAGCUGGAGAGGCAAACCCGGGACCUGAAGGCCAAGCUGCAGGACGUGGAGAGCCAGGCCCGCUCCAAACUCAAGUCCUCCGUCGCCGCCCUGGAGGCCAAACUGAGGGACGUGGAGGAGCAGCUGGAGGUGGAGAGCAGAGAGCGACAAGCCGGCGCCAAGAACCUGCGGCAGAAGGAGAAGAAGCUGAAAGAUCUGAGCGUCCAGAUGGAGGACGAGAGGAAGCAGGCCCUGGACUACAAGGACCAGAUGGAGAAGAGCAACGUCCGCGUGAAGCAGCUGAAACAUCAGCUGGAGGAGGCGGAGGAGGAGGCGCAGCGAGUGGCGGCCGCUCGCAGGAAGCUGCAGAGGGAGCUGGAGGAGGCGCUGGAGGCCAACGACGGCCUCAGUAGGGAGGUGUCCUCGCUGAGGAGCAAACUCAGGCGUGGAGGUGGCGAGGCGCUGACCGGCGGCGCGCGGACCGGCGGCGUUGGCGGGAGGAGUUUCGGGGGGGGCAGCAGCAGCAGCCGGCGGCUGAAGGAGAACUCGAUGGAGGUGCAGGAGGAGGAGCUCACCUCCCCGUCUCCUCCUAACCACACGGGGAAGGAGGAGGAGUCUCCCCCCGGUCCGGAUGAGGGAUCUCCAUGAGAAACAUCACUGCGGUUUCAGAUAAAACUUUAAAAAACGGAAAUAUUUGGAAAUUUGUUUGACAAAGUUAUGAAAAAAUAUUGUUUUAUUUAUGACAGAAACAUGACUCAGAAAGUGACUUCCUGUCCUUUCGCUCUAAAAGAGCCCUUCAAAAUAAAAGCCUGAGUUUCUGAUGGAAUGUCAUUAAAGAGUUCCCACAUCCUCA